UGUCUCGGUCUGUGUGUGUGUGUGCGUGUCAGUGUGUGUGUCAGUGUGUGUCUCGGUCUGUGGCUCAGUGCGUGUGUGUUUGUUACGUGUCUUGAUCUGUGUGUGUUGUGUGUCUCGGUCUGUGUGUGUGUGUCAGUGUGUGUGUGUCAGUGCGUGUGUGUCAGUGUGUGUGUGUUGUGGUGUCUCCUCGUGUGCCGUGCCGGCCUUCAUAGGUGCUCGCAAACAGCACUUAUCCCGACAGUCUGUUAAAGGCUGGGGAAGGGGGGAUUCUUCGCCUUUGUUUGCGUGUCUCGGUGUGUCGCGUGAGCACGUGUGUUGAGGCCACACGUGGGGUGGGUGGUGGUGAGGGUGUUGGUGGGGGUAGUAGCCUCUGUGGCUUUACCUUUGGUACGAGCGCGGAUCGUCGACGACCUCGCCGUGCCGCAUGGCCCCCCCGGCUGAGGGGCCCGGACCGCCCUUGAGCGGCUGGGCGCUGCUGCUGCCGGCCUCGCUGCUCGCCCUGCUCGCCGCCUCUCUCGCCCUCUGCGCCACCUGCCGCAGGAUCUUCCCAAAGGCAUACAAUACAUUCCAGGGGGAUCGGCUGGAAGAGGGGGGCGGGAACCCCGAGGGCAUCUUUUCACAUCAAACCACGGACGACGCCUCGUCCCGGCGUGACUCUGCGUCCAGCGCCACGAUCCAUAUUCCCCGCGCCCGCGUGGCCCCACAGAUGCCGCUCCCCGACAAUGGCGAUAACAAUAAAGACAAAGGCGGCUGUGACAGCGACGCCGUGAUGAUGGACAACUCCUUGUACCAGUCAGUGGAUGAGUUCUCGGCCCCCGGAGUUCCCUCCACCGCCGCCACCGCCCCGACGGAGCUCUACGCCACGGUGCUCAAGCGGCAAGGGCCAGCGCCGGCGGGGUCAGCGGUGGGGUCAGGAGUGAAGUCAGGGGAGGGUUCAGUGAAGGUCAACCCGGUUCAGGACAGGGCCUCCCGCAAGACGCCCGUCCCAAAGGUGGCGGCAGACACGGGCGACCUGUACGCCACCGUGGACAAGUCGAGGUCCCCAGCGCCUCGGCGUGGACGUCCCAGCGAGGUCGCCCCCACGGCUCGCCCCGACCUCGACGAUUCCAUUUACGAGGCCAUCCUCGAAUGAGUCGCUCCGCGCGACGUGGUUUGAGAGCUGUGGCCGCUGGGGGGGGGGGGUGAAGGGGGUGACGUUUAAUACACAACCAGGACAAAGAUAACCCGUGGAUUAUCUUUGUCGACUAU